AGAGUGAAACUAAUAGAUUGAUAGAGAGAACGAGAGAUCGAGAGAGAGAGAGAGAUAGUGCAAACCAAAGAAGAGGAAAGAGACACUUGACUUCUUGAAGGUUCCAUUGUGCAUUUUUACACAGGCUACAUCUGGAGAGACAUCGUCGCAGAAUCUGGUGUUCAGCCAAGACGAUUUACAUGGAUUGAUAUUCACAGCCCCAAAUUACCUCAGCCAUGGCCAGUUUGGUACCAGAAGAUCAAGGUCAAGAGUUCUUCAGGAAACACAAGGGGGAGCUAGAGAUGCGUCUUGGUGUCCUUGCACCUCUUCUGAUCGACCUGGAGCGUUGCCGUGUUCUUUCUCGUCUAGAGAGGGAACAGGUGCAGAACAAGCAGCUAACCAGUCAAGAACAGAGCCAUGUUCUUAUAACAAUGCUGGAGAAGAAAGGCCCUGUGGCCCAAAAUAAGUUCUAUGAGGCUUUGAAGUCUCAUGACCAUCUUCUGGUGGAGGAUCUUCAGCCUUCAGCACCAACCCCAGCAGUGCCUGAGCCAAAGCAAGGAGGAGAUGCGGCAAAGACAGUUACAAAAUCUUCACUGAAACAGAAGCUGCAGAACCAUCUAAAAAUCAGGUUUUCUACUGUAAACCAACAUGAUAAAAAGUGCAAUGUACAAGACAUGUACACUGAUCUUUACAUCGUAACGGGCCGCACUGGAGGAGUCAGUUGUGAACAUGAAGUGGCAGCAAUUGACAUGACACAAAUUGGGGCUAAACCAAGCUCUGAAGAUGAACAAGUCAAGAUGGCAGACAUAUUCAAAGCCAAAUCUUGCAGCAAAGUUUUGACUUUGGGAAUUGCUGGUGUGGGAAAAACUGUUUCAGUGCAGAAGUUUGUCAUGGACUGGGCUGAUGACAAAUCAAAUCAAGACAUAGACUUUGUUUUUGUUUUUUUAUUUCGAGAGCUAAACUUGAAGAAAGGAAAAUACUUCAAUCUUUUAGGUCUUCUUUUGUUAUUCUACCCUGAUCUCAAAGAUAUGAAAACAAUCACAGAAUUCAGUGAAAGCAAAGUUCUCUUGAUCUUUGAUGGUUUGGAUGAAAGCAGACUCCAGCUGAACUUUGAAGAGUGGACCUCUGAGGCUGACAAAGAAUCUUCUCUGGACAUCCUCAUAUCAAGUCUCAUUAAAAGUAUGCUACUGCCCUCUGCACUCAUCUGGGUCACAACCAGACCAGCAGCAGCCAGUCUGAUCCCUGAUGAUCUCUUCAACUUGGUGACAGAGGUGCGAGGAUUUAAUAACACACAAAUAAUCGACUUCUUUAAGAAGAACAUUAAGGAUGCAGCAAAGGCCAACAGUAUCACUGAUCAUAUCAAAAAGAACAGAAGCCUGCACAUCAUGUGUCACAUUCCAGUAUUCUGCAGUAUCAUAGCGAGCGUACAGGAUGAAAUACUGAGGAAUGAGAGCAAAGGAAAAGGGGCCAAAACGCUGACGGAAAUGUACACACUGUAUAGUGUAUCUCAGAUCAAAACAAUGAAUGAAAAAUACAAGGCCAAGAUGAGUGCAGAAGAAAAAGGUCAGUUGCUUGUUAAGCUUGGGAAACUGGCAUUCAAACAUCUGGAGAAAGGCACGCUGAUCUUCUAUGAGAAAGACUUGACAGAGUGUGGUAUUGAUGUUACAUCUGGAACAUUGAGGGCUGGCCUUUGUACACAGAUCUUCAACGUGGUGAGUGCUUCAACUGGAGAGGAGCUAUUCAGCUUUGUGCACUUAAGCGUACAGGAAUUCUUGGCAGCUCUUUAUGUUCUUAAGAAAAAUUCAACUCACUGGGCCAAUCGCCCCUUAGUGAAUACAAUGAAGAAGACCAGCUGGCUGUCCAAACACUCACGGGUUCACCUCUACACAUCUGCUGUGGAUGAAGCACUGCAAAGCCCAAAUGGACAUUUGGAUCUCUUUGUGCGCUUCCUUCUUGGACUGGCUCCAAUGUUGGAGCCUAAAAUCCGGUCACCACUGGAUCUGAUUCUGCCACGUUUAUACAUCAGAGAGGAGAGCAUCAGCAAAACAGUUCAACACAUCAAAGAGAAGAUCAGGGAAGACAUCUCAUCAGAACGGAUCAUCAACCUCUUCCACUGUUUAAAUGAGCUUGGGGACAACACACUGGUUGAGGAAAUCAACAGGUACAUAAAGUCAGCAGAUGAGGAGAAACUGACUCCAGCCCAGUGUUCAGCUCUGACUUAUGUACUGCUGAUGUCAACUGAAGACCUGGAGGAGUUUGAUCUGAAGAAAUACCUGAGAUCACAGGAAGGGUUCCGUCGAAUGCUUCCUGUAGUGAAAGUGUCAAGAAAAGUUUGGCUGAAUCACUGCAAGCUCUCCCAAACAAACUGUCAAACCAUGGCAUCAGUGCUGCAAAGAACACCUUCCCAUCUGAGAGAACUGGACAUGAGUGACAAUGACCUGCAGGAUGAAGGAGUGAAGCUGCUCUGUGCAGGAUUAAGAAAACCGCAGUGCAAGCUGGAGACACUGAGGCUGAAUCAGUGUCACCUCUCUAAAGCAAGCUGUGAAAUGAUGGCAUCAGUGCUGCAGAGGACACCUUCCCAUCUGAGAGAACUGGACAUGAGUGACAAUGACCUGCAGGAUGAAGGAGUGAAUCUGCUCUGUGUGGGACUAAGAGUUCCACAAUGCAAGCUUGAGACACUGAGAUUUGUUGGCUGUAAACUCACAAAUAAAUCGUGUGAGAUUGUGGCUUUGGUUCUGCAGUCAUCAAACUCCCUGAUGGAACUGGACCUGAGUCACAAUAACCUGGGAGUUUCUGGAGUCCAGCUCCUCUCUAAGGGACUGUCUAGUCCCCACUGUAAACUGCAGACAUUAAGGCUCAAUCUGUGCCAUCUCUCUAAAGCAAGCUGUGAAAUGAUGGCAUCCGUGCUGCAAAGUGCACCUUCCCAUCUGAGAGAACUGGACAUGAGUGACAAUGACCUGCAGGAUGAAGGAGUGGAGCUGCUCUGUGUGGGACUAAGAGAUCCACAAUGCAAGCUGGAGACACUGAGACUGUCUGGUUGUCUCAUCACACAUGAGGGCUGUUCUCUCUUGUCCUCUGCCCUCAAAUCAAACCCCUCCUACCUGAAACAGCUGGACCUGAACUACAAUCACCCAGGAGACUCAGGUGUCAGAGAGCUCACAGACAGACUGAAUGAUCCCGGCUGUAAACUAGAGACGUUGAGGCUAAAUCAGUGUCACCUCUCUAAAGCAAGCUGUGAAAUGAUGGCAUCAGUGCUGCAGAGGACACCUUCCCAUCUGAGAGAACUGGACAUGAGUGACAAUGACCUGCAGGAUGAAGGAGUGAAGCUGCUCUGUGUGGGACUUAGUAAACCGCAAUGCAAGCUGGAGACACUGAGACUUGCUGGUUGUAAGCUAACAGAUGAAUCCUGUAAGGCUGUAGCCUCUGCUUUGCAGUCCUCCAUCUCCCUAAAGGAACUGGACCUGAGUCACAAUGACCUGAAGGAGUCUGGAGUUCAGCUUCUCUCUACAGGACUCAGUAGCCCUCACUGUAAACUGACAACAUUAAGGCUCAGUAAGUGUGGAAUCUCAGAUGAAGGUUAUGUUUUACUGGCUCUCACUCUGAUGUCAAACCCUUCCUGCGUGAAAGACCUGGAUGUAGGCGCACACCUGCCUCCACUGCCCUCAGCACCUGCCCAAGAGAGCAGAGCGGCUGGUCAACACACUCCCGCUGGCCUCUCAGCUCAAGGCAAGAGCGGAGCUACGGAGGGGCAAGUGGAAUCUGAUGAAGACGCAUCCACAGCCCGACUCAGGCGCCGCGUGAAGAAAGCUGUGGCGUCGCCCCUUGCCACCUCUGGGCCAAGGGCAGGGGAAGAUGGAGCAGCGUCCUCAAACCUCAUCCCUCCCCAAGCCUCCUCGUCCACUGUGUUGCACCAGGAAACACUUUGCCCGAGCGCUCCAGGCAGUAGGACGUCCACCCAACUCUUUGGCACUGAUGCAGAGUCCUGCAAACAGGAGCAGUGUGUUGUGGCGCCAUGCUCCUCCAACAGCAGCUUGGACUACUUCCUGUACUCAUUCACACAGGCACGCCAACCUGAACAUGGCAUCCGUUCAACACAAUGUGUUCAGGAGGAGCUCAUGAUGAGCUUCUACACGCAAUACUACAUGAACAUGGACGCCUGCGUAGAGAUGCAGCAGAGGCCAUUUUAG